AUGGAUCCGGGUUGCAUGAUCCAGGCCCUCAUAUUCAAAUCCGAGAUACUGAUUCCACGGGAACCCCUCAUCAAUGCCCUCCGACUGAGCGCCUGUCCCAGAAACGCGUCGCAAAUCGUGACAUACGGCAACUCGAUAGUCUUGUGCAAUACCGAGGUAGAUACCUGCCUCCAGAUUGACCGCGUCGGCCACGCAUAUCACAACUACCAGCAAUGGAUAACCCAAUGGACCCAGCUAAUAACCAGCAAAAACGAAACCUCAAGCCAACUCCAAAAGCGCCCACAGCCAACAGGCUCACUCUGGGAUAACACCACAGUAACAGGCAGCUGGGUCAACAUCCAAGACAUUGCAACGCUGUCUAAGAAGCACGGCCGAAUGGUCAACAACAUAACAAUGGAAAUGCCGCAUGGCGGCAUCCCCGCCGCAGCGAUGAACGCCAAAAACAAACUUAAACAAUCCACAGACAUCUCCGGUGAAGAAAAAUACAACAUUGAAGCCUCCGUCCCCUCGCCAGCCAUCAACGUCCUCCACACCGGAAUGACAAAAGAGGAGUUCAGCCCCCCAGCUGGAAAAACCGCACCGUCGUUGACUCGCUCUUCGAAUUUGGCCCGAAACACAGCCAAACCGCACCGAUUUUUCGGCAAAUACCCACUUCCAUACAACACAAUCCUCAACACAACAGGAGCCUGGCCCAUAAACGCCAUCUACCUCCUCAGCGCAACGCCCUCAACAAAGAACACCCAUAUGCCGGAGUACGUGAUGUAUUCUUUGCGCGCAAAACAAACAGGCGCAUGCUCGACCAAACACUCCGCCGACAAUAGCGGCGCAUUCCUCAGCACGGACUGCGAGAACGCCUCAAACGGCCUACAAUACGACCGACGGCAAGAUGUAUUCUAUGAGGACAUGUGGGACGCGGACUGGAAGAACAUUGCGUCGGAUUUGAUGCCACGGUAUAACAAGACCGAGGAAACUUUCGCGCUGGACCCGAAUCUGCCGUCCAUCGCCGAGGCGCUGGCGGUUAUGGCUGGGAGUACGCUUCUUCUAAGCUCGCAGAAUGCGCCGUUCGUGCCGUUUUGGAAUUACAGUGGGAACUUGAAUGUGCUUCCCGAGCCUGUCUACCAGAUCUUCAAUGCUUCAAUCCAGGCUGUUGGGUAUGCUUCCGGUGGGACGGAGCAGUGGUAG